UCCUGGGGGAGGGGUACCAACUGCCAUGCACCCAAGUCUCAGGCCAGGGAGUCACACAGCCUGAGCUUGAACUUGGGUCUUCUGGUCCCCAUCCAUUGGCCCACCUCACACAAUCUGCCUGCUGUGUUUCUUUGACCAUGCUGGACUUCAGAAAGAGGAACUCAAAGCUGGGUGUGAUGGAUGGCAUGUGCCCAUAAUCCUAGCCUGAGCAAAUGGAGACCAGAAGCUUAUGGUGGUGUGGGAUGAAGAAGGCUUCCAGGGCCGUCGGCAUGAAUUCACAGCUGAGUGUCCCAGUGUGCUGGAGCUGGGCUUUGAGACCGUGCGAUCUUUGAAAGUCCUGAGUGGAGCGUGGGUGGGCUUUGAGCAUGCUGGCUUCCAAGGGCAACAGUACGUGCUGGAGAGGGGCGAGUACCCGGGCUGGGACGCCUGGAGUGGCAACACCGCCUACCCCGCUGAGAGGCUCACUUCCUUCCGGCCUGUGGCCUGCGCUAACCACCGUGACUCGAGGCUGACCAUCUUCGAGCAGGAGAACUUCCUCGGCAGGAAGGGCGAGCUGAGCGACGACUACCCCUCUCUGCAGGCCAUGGGCUGGGACGGCCCGGAAGUGGGCUCCUUCCAUGUUCAAUCUGGGGCGUGGGUUUGUUCCCAGUUUCCCGGCUACCGAGGUUUUCAGUACGUACUGGAGAGCGAUCACCACUCGGGUGACUACAAGCACUUUAGGGAGUGGGGCUCCCAUGCGCACACCUUCCAGGUGCAGAGUGUGCGCAGGAUCCAGCAGUGAGCAGGCGCAGGCGCACUGGGGGGCCUCCGUGAACGACUGAGUGACUGGCCGGAGAUGUGGCUGUUCUUGGUUCUGGCUACCCCUAUGUCUCCUGGGAACCCCACACCCCUGUCAGCCAGCCCAUGCCCCGCCAGCUCACGAAGCUCAAAGAAAUAAAAUUAAAAACAAAAGGCUCAGUA